UGCGUCCGGCCCCGCCCUGAUGUCCCGAUGACAGCACGGACAAGAUGGCGGCCAGCUGGGAAGUGAAGUGAGGAUGUCAACAUCAUUUCUUCAGUUCAAACAAGCAAGGAUUUUCUCCACAUGUGCCAUCGUUCAAACGCGAUAUAGUUCAUGUGCCGUGCGUUUGUUUUAAGGACCGAAACCGGGACAUUUUCACGCACACGCGCGUAUGUUUGUGCGCUAUGUUUUGGAAAUCCGUUUGCGCAAAGAGGACCAUCAACUCUUGAUGAGCGAUCCGGCCUGCUUGAAUCUCCAAACCCCACUUCAAGAGUCUCCAAAAGAGCGUUUCGAAAGCACAUCGCGCUUUUUUAUCGACCGAAACUCAUCGAACACUUUGAUCGAGGCGGUUUUGCUGUGAUAUCCGCGAGGAAGUGCUGCAGUUCUCGCUACAGCUGCGGAAGUGGAGGAGAGAUUUUCACGCCAGUCAUCAGUCUGUCCUGCUGUGGAUGUUCUUGGUGUUAAAGAUCAAAUACUGUAUUAAAACUUAAGCAAACGUGAUCCAGUGUUGUGUUAGCAGUAUUUUGUCCGGAAACAGUGUUAUUGCUGGGCAGCUGAGGUAAAUAAAGUGUCGACAUGGCUCAUUCUCCAGUGCAGGGCAGUCUGCCUGGAAUGCAGAAUUUAAAAGCAGAUCCCGAGGAGUUGUUCACCAAGCUGGAGAGAAUCGGCAAGGGAUCGUUUGGCGAGGUGUUCAAGGGCAUUGACAAUCGCACACAGAAAGUGGUGGCCAUCAAGAUUAUAGAUCUGGAAGAGGCUGAAGACGAAAUCGAAGACAUUCAGCAGGAAAUCACAGUAUUGAGCCAGUGUGACAGUCCUUUUGUUACAAAGUAUUAUGGCUCUUAUCUAAAGGACACAAAGUUAUGGAUCAUCAUGGAGUAUUUAGGUGGUGGAUCUGCUCUGGAUUUGCUGGAGCCUGGUGCUCUGGACGAAACGCAGAUUGCCACAAUUUUGAGAGAGAUCUUAAAAGGUCUGGAGUAUCUCCACUCGGAGAAGAAGAUUCACAGAGACAUUAAAGCUGCAAAUGUAUUGUUAUCGGAGCAAGGGGAGGUGAAGCUGGCGGAUUUCGGAGUGGCCGGUCAGCUUACAGACACGCAGAUCAAACGAAACACAUUUGUGGGCACACCCUUCUGGAUGGCACCAGAAGUCAUCAAACAGUCCGCCUAUGACUCAAAGGCUGAUAUUUGGUCAUUGGGCAUCACAGCAAUUGAACUGGCUAAAGGAGAGCCACCCCAUUCAGAUCUGCACCCUAUGAAGGUGCUGUUCCUUAUUCCAAAGAACAACCCCCCUACACUAGAGGGCAACUACUGCAAACCUCUGAAAGAGUUUAUCGAGGCCUGUUUAAACAAGGAGCCCAGUUUUAGGCCGACGGCCAAAGAGUUGCUGAAACACAAGCUCAUCGUGCGCUACGCGAAAAAAACGUCUUAUCUGACAGAGCUCAUCGACAAGUACAAGCGCUGGAAGUCAGAACAGUCCCGAGCGGAGUCCAGCUCUGAUGAGUCUGACUCAGAACCAGACGGUCAAGCAUCUGGUGGAAAUGACUUCGGCAACGACGAUUGGAUCUUCACCAUUAGAGAGAAAGACCCCAAAAAACUGCAGAAUGGGGCCAGUCUAACAGAGGAAGAGGAGCCAACCAAGCGGCCCCUGUCCCAGAGUCUGUCCACUGUCAUCAAUCCAGUAUUAACCGAGCUAAAGGAAGGAGCAGGAGAGACGGCGGUAAAGCCUGAAGUUCUGGAGCAGCUCGGAGAGGCCAUUUUCCUCGCCGAGGAGUCGUAUCCAGGAAUCGUAGACGUCAUGGUCACCCAACUCAUUCAGAGGCUACAACGGUUCUCUAGGGCAAGAACAUCGUCCUCCUCGCACCAGUGAUUAUUCCAUUAGCCUGUCCGUCUCUCUUCAGUCCCGCCCCCCCCGGCAUCAGCUCAGCGAAUCCUGACACCAGCAGACUCUGUGACGUCUACCCUGGAGGACCAACUGUCCUUCAAUAGCUUAUCAAGAGAACUUCUCAAACUCCUCAAGCUUCCCCUAGUUUCACUUUUCUUUUAUAAACACUCUUUGGAGCGCGUGAGUGAUUGGGUGUGUAUGUGUUAUAGUGUGUUUGUUAAGUUAGGCAAUGGUUGAGAUGUAGAUGUAACUCGGAGAGAAAAAUGGAGACGGUUAGUUUUGCAUUAUCGCACCCAAGCUUUUGGACGAAUCCACAUGCCAUUGUAGGGUAGGGAAGUGAGCCGUUUGCCUCUCCCUUCACCCAAAAGAAAACAAGGUAGUGUGCAUGACAAACUGCAUGUAUGACGACGUAUGUGUGUGCGUGUGUGUCCAAGCCCUGAUGUGAAGGAGAUUGCAGUUCUCAUGCUGAAAUCUCAGGUAAUCUGUAGUCAUCCAGGAAGACAGAGGGCGCUAUGUUUGGAUUUGUGUACAGACCUGUGUAUAUAGUCUCAAUUUUACAGACCUUUAAAAGAGAUGAUGGAUUUUUGCAAACGAAUCACUGUGUACAGAUGGCCAAGAGCUUCUGUAGAUAUUGUUAGAAACAAAAGAACGGUAAAUAUUUAAAAAGCAAGCCUCCGAAAUGGCCAUUACUGAAAUGCCUUGCCUUUUUAUCAAAUGUACAUUUUUGGGGGUGCUCUGUUAAUUUUAAUAAGAAGACAUUAAAGGGUUUUACUCAAAUAAGAAUUCGAGAUCCUCCUA